AUGUCCAGCUCGGGAAACAACGACGAGACCCGUCCGUACACCAUCCCCUACACGGGAAGCAUCGCCAUCAAGCAGGCGGACGGAUCCUACGUCGCGUCGUCGAGCGUCGGAAAAUCGAGCGUGAACACCGCCCACCCGUCGGCCCAGGUCAAGGCCCCCGUCGUGGCCCAGGAGGCUCCGGGCCCGAGCAACCCCUACCCCGCCUCGUCUUCGGGCGGUGGCCAGCAGGCCGAGGAGCCGCUGCCGGGCACCGAGGCCCACGCGAUGAAGCACAAGUUCCACAAGCACUGA